CCCUUAUGUCGCAAGUAACAUCUGCGCCUAAAUUACGGCAACCGCCUUCCUUUAAGUUAGACAUAAACUUUUGGAUACAUGUGUCACAUCUUACGGAGGGGGCUCGGAAGGUUCACAGAGUCAGGCACCCUGUACUCCCCCGAUAGCUCUCUUGUUCAACACAUAUGCAUCACAACACAUAAUUGAUUGAACUUUAGUGCCAAGCAUAUACGUCCGAGAAAAGAUAGCAGACGAAAGACAUCACGGCAAUUAUCGCCAGAUCGCCACGUCGGACGGCCUAGGGUUGGGCAACUCCCCCUUCGCUGCGCUUCUUAUUUUUUCAAUUCAGUAUAGUAGCAUUACAGAACGAAAAGGAUUAAAACGGAUUUGCUAGAACGCUGCAGCGCUUGCCAAGACACUGCAACAUGUUGCUGAGCAGCAAGCCCCGCGCGUGCUCAGUGGCUCGGACUUCUCCUGCCACGGCCAUCAACGUUCGCGCUCCGUUGCGCCGCGGGGCACGUUGCGUGACUCGCGCAGUUCAGGAAGUGGUCAUCCCCCCAUCCAGCGUCACUGCAGCUAAUGAGCUUCAAAGCCUUUCCCGGCUGAGCACUGUUGUGCCGGACACUCUAGCAUUGGAAACUCUUACGCCCGGAGCGCGCCUGGCUGCUGCUACGGUGUCUGCAGCGACCGUGCGAUCCGUCUUGCUGGGUGAAUCGCUGGGCCUCAAGCCCUAUGAGAACGCCAUCAACGCCGCGCUGGCCGCCCCCCGCUCCGCCUCCCUGCCCCCGGGUCUGCGCGGCUCCCCCCUGGCGGCCGCCUCCGACCCGGUGGACCGCGCCUUCGCCAACCUGGGUGCCAUGAUGUGCGACGUGGUGUGGGGACGUGUGGAGACGCAGGUGGACCCGAGGCUGGCGGAGGAUGAAGCCGCCGUCGCCUCCAAGGUUCGUGCCCUUGCCUCCCUGUACGGCGGCCUGCGGGUGCCCCUGGAGCGGCUGGUGUUCGGACUGCCCGCUACCUGGGCCGCAACGCAGGCGGCGGGACGGCUGGAGGCGGAGGGGAUCGCAACGGAUCUCUACAUGGUGUACAGCAUGGUGCAGGGCGUGGCGGCCAUGCAGGCCGGUGCCAGUGUGAUUCGGCUGGAUGUGGGGCGCAUCCGUGACUGGUACGACAAGAACCCGGGGGCCAUCCGCAACCCCCACGGUCCCCGCGAGGACGCCGGCGUGCCCUCCAGCCACGACCCCGCGCUGGCCCUGGUUCGUGACCUGUACUGCUACGGCCGCCGCUUCCACCCCAAGACAAAGAUUAUGGCCAUGGGGCUCAGGAGCAGGAAGGACGCCCUGGACCUAGCUGGUCUUGACUACCUGGUGCUGUCCCCGCGGGUGCUGGAGCAGCUGUCGCUGGAGCCAACUGACCAGGGUUACAACGACGGCCUGAGUGCCGUGUCGGGCGGUGCGGGUGUGCAGCCCGCCCUCACCCCGCAGCUGGUGGCGGAGAGCGACAUGCAGCGGUGGGAGCCGCUGACCGAGUCCUCCUGGCGGGGGGGGCUGGGUGCGGCUGCCUCCCAGCUGCUGGCCGCCUCGCUGGCCGCCCGGCGGUCCGACAUGACGGAACUGGAGGAGCUGCUGGCGCGGAAGACGCAGGGGUCGGAGUGAGGGGCAGAAGAAGACGCAGGGGUCGGAGUGAGGUGCGGAGGGGGAGCGGGUCAGAGUGAGGGGCAGAAGAAGAUUGAGAAGUGCAGAAACUCGGAGUGAGGGACAGGGGCGGGGAGUAAGGAGGAGGAGGAGGAGACGGCAGACGUGGUGGGAGGGGAGAGGAACGACCCAUGGGUCAUGGGCAUGGAGGAGAGUUGGGGAGGCAAGGGAAGUGGAUGCUUGACAGGAAGGCUGAGGGGUGCCUGAGUGAGGAGGAGGAUGGUGCGAGGUGGAUGAGACCCAUGGGUCGGUGUGGUCGGGUUGUCACGGACUGGUGGGAGGGGUUUUGUUGCCGUCGUGCGGGAUCGGGAAGGGUGCAUGGGUUAGGGGGCGGGUGCGACAUGGGCGUGUGAGCAGUCUGUCUAGUCGGACUACUUGGAAUUGUUUUUAUACGUUGCCUGUCCGUUGUGUCCGGGGGCUUGAGAGGAAGUGAGAGAGGAAGAGCGAGAGAGUGACGUACCGGUAGUUUUCUUCUUGUCGAAAAAAAAGAGUGACAACAGCAGGUAUGUCCCAUGAUUCGCGUGUUCCUGCUCCAUACGUCGGUUCGAAGCAGGAGCGUGAAGAGUUGUACGGCAAUCAGGCAGCCCUGGAAGGGUGUAGGAAGUAGCUCGAAUCUCUUGUUGUCGAUUGUCGUUACAACAGCAGAAUGUUACACCAUUUUGCUUUCCUCGUCGUUGCCAUCAAAGCACUUGUUGAUGGCAUCUUGUUGCAGUGUCUGAAUCGAAGUUUGUCGCAAAAUGGGGUGAUGUGUGCAUUCCCCUUUGAAUGAACAAAGAGGGUUGUGUGGGCCGGUGGGCUCCGCUGUGGGGUUGAUGUGACGUGAUUAGGUAUAAAAAACUUGAGCCGCGGGUGUUGUGGGUGUUACGAACACUUGGGCCGUGAGUGUUUUGGGUGGGGCGCCCCCCACCAAAAGCCCCCUUUCCGGCUAUACAAACUUGCGGCAGGGGCAC